CAAACUUUCUACAUUGGUAAAGCUGCUUCAUAUUAAAAGUAUUGGUAAUUGGAGUAAUGCAUCAUUUACAAUGUUACUAAAGAUGUUGAAGGAAGAUUUAUUGCCUGAUGGAUCAAACUUGCCUGAUUCAUAUUACGAAGCAAAGAAGGUAAUCCGGGGCCUUGGGCUUUCUUACAAGAAGAUUGAUGCGUGUAUGAAUGAUUGUAUGUUAUACUGGAAGGAUGAUAAGUCUCUUGAAUCAUGCAAAGUUUAUGGUGCAUCUAGAUGGAAGGAGGAUAAACGUAGUGGUGAAACCAAAUUUAAAAGUGGGAAAAAGUUACCAUGCAAGAUUUUACGUUAUUUUCCUUUAAAGCCAAGACUACAAAGAUUGUUUAUGUGCUCGAAAAUAUCUUUUUUGAUGAGAUGGCAUCAUGACAAAAAAAGUUAAUGAUGGAACAAUGAGGCACCCAGCUGAUUCUAAAGCGUGGAAGACGUUUGAUGAACUUCAUCAAUCUUUUGCAUCUGAGCCUCGUAAAGUUUGACUUGGACUUGCUAGUGAUGGUUUUCAACCAUUUGAAAAUUCUAAAAUUUCAUAUAGUAUUUGGCCCGUGGUACUUAUUUCUUAUAAUUUACCACCUUGGCUAUGCAUGAAGAAAGAGAAUUUUAUCUUGUCGAUGAUUAUUCCUGGUCCUGAGAGUCCUGGAGAUGCUAUUGAUGUUUAUCUCCGGCCUUUGAUAGAAGAAUUAAAAGAAUUGUGGGAAUCUGGAGUGGAAACCUUUGAUGCAUCAACUAAACAAAACUUUAUGUUACAUGCUUCUUUGUUAUGGACCAUUAAUGACUUUCCAGCACAUACAAAUUUGUCUGGAUGGAGUACAAAAGGAAAAUUGGCGUGUCCAUGUUGCAAUAAAGAAACUUACUCAAUCAGAUUACAAAAUUAUAAAAAACAGUGUUAUAUGGGCCAUAGACGUUUUCUUCCUCUUAAUCACAAAUGGAGAAAUGAUAAAGCGUCAUUUGAUGGUACUAAGGAGCGAAAAUUACCACCAAAACAGUUAUGCGGUGAUGAUAUACUUGAUCAAGUGGCUUUAUUUAGAUGGGUUACAAUUAACAAAGGAUCCAAAGAAGAAGAUUAAAAUAUCACAUGAGAGUAGGAGUGAUAAUUGGAAUAAAAAGAGCAUUUUCUUUAAUCUUUCAUAUUGGAAAACUCUUUUAUUGCGGCAUAACUUAGACAUAAUGCACAUUGAGAAAAAUAUCUGUGAUAAUAUUUUGGGGAUAAUCUUAAAUAUCAAAGAAAAAACCAAAGAUACUAUAAACACUCGGUUGGAUUUGCACGCAAUGAACAUAAGGAAAGAACUGCACCCAAUAAAAAUUGGGGAUAAAUAUGACUUACCAAAGGCAUGUUGCACAUUAUCUUCUGAAGAGAAGCACAUGCUUUUUAGUUUCUUGAAGAACCUAAAGGUCCCAGAUGGAUUUUCAUCAAAUAUUUCUCAGUGUGUCAACCUUAAAGAUCGAAAAAUUUCAGGUUUAAAAAGUCAUGAUUGUCAUGUUCUUCUACAACAUUUGCUUCCACUUGCUCUACGGGGUAUACUAUGCAAAUCUGUGUUUGAACCGCUUAUUGAGUUAUCUUUAUUUUUUAAUGUGCUUGGAUAGAAAUGUUUAAGCAUGGAUGAAUUAGAGCAGAUAGAUUCUCAAAUCCCUAUAACCGAGUGCAAGUUAGAAAAGGUCUUCCCUCCUACAUUUUUUGAUGUCAUGGAGCACUUGCCAAUUCAUUUAGCUAAUGAAGCUAAGAUUGCUCGACCUUCUCAAUAUCGAUGGAUGUAUCCUAUGGAGCGAUAUAUAUACUUUAUGAAACCUUUUAUUCGUAAUAGGGCUUGCGCAGAAGGUUCUAUUGCAGAGGGAUAUUUAGCAACUGAAUGUAUGACCUUAUGUUCAAGUUAUUUAUAUACAAUGGAAAUAAAGUUUAAUCGCCUUGAACGGAAUUAUGAUGGUGGUGUUAUAGAAUCUGAUGGAGGUUUAAUAAUUUUUUGUCAACCUGGAAGAGCUUUAAGAGGUGGCAAACCACACAAACUUGGUUCAAAAGAACUGGAGCAAGCACAUUUUUAUAUUUUGAAGAAUUGUGAUGAAAUUCAACCAUUUCUCGAAGAGUUUUCACUAACUCCUGUUGACACCUCUCAAGAAAAUUCGGAUAGGCAAUUUAUUAGUUGGUUAAAAGAAAAGAUUGCAGGACUGCACAAAAGUGAUGAUAGUAAGAAAAUGACAGAUUUGCUCUUGUUGUCACGCGGUCCCACGACAUAUGUGACAAGUCAUCAUGGCUACCUUAUUAAUAGAUAUAGGUUUCACGUGCAAGAUGAUAAAGGUUUGACAACUCAAAACUGCGAAGUGGUUGUAGUUGGAGAGAUAGAUGAAGCUAAUAAGAUCAUUAAUUACUAUGGAGAACUAAAAAAUAUUCUAGAAUUAUAAUUUAUUGGUGGAGGAAGAGUAGUUUUAUUUAUAUGUACGUGGUUUGAUGUAUAUGACCAAGAAAAAGGAGUUAAGAUAGAUGAAUAUGGCUUUGUAAGUGUUAACCGCCAGCGUUUUCUAAAAAUAACUGAGCCUUUUGUAUUAGCCAACCAAGCAUCACAAGUUUUUUAUGUUGACGAUCUUUCCAAUAAAGGUUGGCAUGUUGUACGAAAAGUUCAACCUCGUGAUACUUUUGAUGUUCUACAAGAAAAUAUUAAUGAUCUAGAGGAUUCAGAUAAUUCUUCACUGAAAAGGAAAAGAACUCAUGAAGGUUUGGAUAUUUAUCAACUCUUUAUUUAAUUUGUCAACUCAUUAUGAUAAUGAGAGUUUCAUAUUGGAUUCCAUUUGAUUUACUAGUUCAGAAAAUAUUUCUAACACUCUACUAGACUGAUUACAUGUUCUUAUAUGAUGAAUCUGAUGUCCUAAAUUUUUGUUAUCUCUAAGUUUUUCUAUCAUAUGCUCAUAUGUGAUGAACUGACAUGAUAGACAUCUAUUACUCAGUUUUUUAAUUGUACUAGGUUGACAUGAAUACAUCAAAAUCUCAGACGUCUAAAAUGGAAUCAACUUCCAAGACUGUGAAGCCUGUGUAUGUUCCUCCCGGUAUCUUAGCAAGGGGACGAGGGAAAAGCUUUAGAGCAUUGAGAUCUGUAAGAGUAAAUGCUGAACAGAGAGGUUCGAUUGGCAAAAGUAAAACUUUAAUUAUAUUAGCUUCUGAUUAGAGUAAGCUAACUCAUAGUGAUAGUUUUGCGCCUCCCGAUUUUGAACCAAUAUUGGAAGAUGAUGGUCCCCUUCCUCAUGAGGAAGAAUUGAUG